CCCGGCUCGGCGUCUCACAGGCCAGUGCUAAUAAGUCGCCUAGCUGUCCGGUAAUGGGGAAGUGAGAGGGAGCCGCCGCUGUCUGAAAAAGCCGAGAGGAAGUUGAGGAGUGACGGGAAGCUUGUGCGCCGCGCCGUGCCGGACACCUCCACGGAGACACCUCCUACAGUUGCUGUUGUUGAGUAGCCUAAAAAAGCGCAGAGUGAUGGAGAGAAAGCGUCCCGGUAUGCCGUCUGGAGCGAGGAUGCCCCACCAGGGAGCUCCCAUGGGCCCCCCUGGCCCCCCCUAUGGAGGGAGCCCGGCGGUGCGGCCAGGCCUGCCCUCCCCGGUGAUGGAGCCCAGCCGUAAGAGGCCGGCCCCCUCCCAGCAGGUCCAGCAGCAGCAGUCGCAGCAACAACAACAGCAGCAGCAGCAGCAGGCCGUCCAGAACCGGGCCAGAAAGAAGCCUGUCGGAUUCCCUGGAGCCAAUGAGAUGCCGGCGAGGCAGAUGGACAUGAGAGAGCCCCAAUCAGAUCCCACGCUCGGAUCAAAUGCUAAGAGAAGGAAAAUGGCAGACAAGAUUCUUCCGCAAAGGAUCCGUGAGCUGGUCCCAGAGUCUCAGGCCUACAUGGAUUUGCUGGCAUUUGAGCGCAAAUUGGACCAGACCAUCAUGCGCAAACGUGUGGACAUACAGGAAGCGCUGAAGAGACCAAUGAAGCAGCAAAAGCGUAAACUGAGGCUUUACAUAUCCAACACCUUUAACCCCGCCAGACCUGACGCUGAUGACUCAGAUGGCAGCAUUGCAUCAUGGGAACUGCGAGUGGAGGGGAAGCUGCUGGAUGACCCAGGGAAGCAGAAAAAGAAGUUCUCCUCGUUCUUUAAGAGCCUGGUGAUCGAGUUGGACAAAGAUCUCUAUGGCCCCGACAACCACCUGGUUGAGUGGCACCGUACACCCACCACUCAGGAGACAGACGGCUUCCAGGUGAAGAGGCCGGGAGAUGUGAGUGUUCGCUGCACUCUGCUGCUGAUGCUGGACUACCAGCCUCCACAGUUUAAGCUGGACCCUCGUCUGGCUCGCCUGCUCGGUAUUCACACUCAGACUCGCUCCUGCAUCAUCCAGGCCCUCUGGCAGUACGUCAAGACCAACAAACUGCAGGACUCACACGACAAGGAGUACAUCAACUGUGACAAGUACUUCCAACAGAUCUUCGACUGCCCUCGACUGAAGUUCUCUGAGAUCCCUCAACGCCUCACCAACCUCCUCCUACCCCCUGACCCCAUCGUCAUCAACCACGUCAUCAGUGUGGAUCCCAACGACCAGAAGAAGACGGCAUGCUACGACAUUGACGUGGAGGUGGAGGACCCCCUGAAGAGCCAGAUGAGCAGCUUCCUCCUCUCCACCGCCAACCAGCAGGAGAUCGCCUCGCUAGACAACAAGAUCCAUGAGACUAUCGAGUCCAUCAACCAGCUGAAGAUCCAGAGGGACUUCAUGCUGAGUUUCUCCAGAGAUCCCAAAGGGUACAUCCAGGACUGGCUCAAAUCCCAGAGCCGAGACCUUAAGUUAAUGACAGACGUUGUUGGGAACCCUGAAGAGGAGAGGAGGGCAGCGUUUUACCACGAGCCUUGGUCCCAGGAGGCCGUCAGCCGCUAUUUCUACUGCAAGAUCCAGCAGAGGAGACAGGAGCUGGAACAGGCCUUGGCUGUCCGCAACACUUAAACCACGGCCCUCCUAAAACUCUGACUUUCGGGGACUGGUGUGCUUGUUUUAGGACGGGUGAGACUGUUGCUGUAGUCUGGAGAAACCUAAAACCUCUAAAAAUGUCGGUUAUUAAAAAGGACAUUCAUCUUUCAGAGGUUUUCCAGUGGUUUGGAAUGAGAGUUUUUCCUUGCAAUAGCAGCCGUGUGAGCGUAUGGAAGAUGGAUCUUACUUGUGCAGGACAUCAUCAUCAACCGCAUGUAUUAAAAAGACCACAGGCAUCCUCAGAACUAAACGUCCUCUCCAUCGCCUCUCUCUGCUUUGUAAAUACGUCAUGAAUAAAAGUGAAGAUGAACUCUGAGCCAGCUGCUCACACUCUCACACACAUACUGCUGUGUUUUUUGGAGCUCUGCGUCGGACAGAACUGUACAUGAUGUAACCUGACAUCAAGGUCAAUCCUCAGCGCUCUGGACAAGUCUGCAUUUUUUUGUUUUUCAAGUCUUUUUGAAAUCUUUUUUUAUUUUUGAGUGUGGUUACUACAAGUGUGUUUUCAUUUGUUCUCAGAGUGUUUUAGAUUGAUUAACUACACCAGCAAAGUCCAGAUUAAGUGGAACAUAAAGGGAAAGGCAUAGAUUUAUUCAUUAAGCCUUUGUUUGGUCUCAUUUUAUUUGCUGGUCUUUUUACAGUCAUUCGUCAAGUAGUAUUAGUUACAUUAUCUUAGCUGUUUUCACACAUGCACUCCUGAAAAUUUCUUGAAUAUUUCGGGACAGGCUGCCCCUGAAAUCUCUCAAUCGCUUGAUCACUCAGGCACAUCAAAAUGUGAAGUUUCUCCUGUCAGGGGAGGAGAGGAGCCAUGUGUAAUCAGGCACAUUGAUAGUAUUAACUAAGGCUGAGCAGUUAAUCAAAAUUUAGAUUAAAUAUGGGGAUUAGAUAAGGCCUGCUGCAAUAUUUCUUUAACCUGUUUAACUUUUGUUAUUCUUUACACAUCAUGCAAACAUUCAAGUGUCAUUUUUAAGAAUAGUUUGAAAAAAAUCAACUUUUCUCAUUUUUGUGUGUUUUUCUUAAUCAGAUUGAGAUUUACAUAAAAAAGAAUCAUUCCCUUCAAAACAGUAAUCCAUGUCAAAUUUGCAAUAUGAGUAAAAAUAACUAUAAUUAUGUAUUAACCAUAGAAUAGAACAGAUAGGAGAUCGCCGAGGACAUGACGUAGAGAGAUGCUGCAGAAAUCCAGGAUGGCAGAUGAAACCAUAUUUGACCUUACAUCGUACCACGUGUAGCUGGACACAUUAACAGUAUGAACCAGAGAGUGGCGAGACUGCACUUGGCAAGCAGAAGACAGCAUGAAGCAGCUUUAUUACAUACACAAAGAUCACAUCAGUUGAGUGACUAAAACAUUGGCAACCACUAUGGACAAAGUCCUAAAAAAUUUCAGGAAGUUUUCCCUGUUGGAUGAGGAGAGGACGGGUGUGUCAUAGAAAGACAUGCGAGUUUUCUACCUUGUGUUAAAACCCCAGACUGGGGGCCAGAUGUGGCCCAUUUUUUAAUUGGCCUACUGCAAAUUGUAAAUAAAACUGCCCACAUUAGAAUCCCAUGCUGCAGCUUUUCUUAAUUGUACUGUGUUUAAGCACUAGAUGGUGCUGCUGUGUUCAUUCUGUAAACAAACAUUUUGACAAGAAUUACUGACAUGCUUUUGUCUUUACUGAAUUAGACUACAAUGUAAAUGACAACCAAAUAAUAAUAUCUCAAUCCAUAACAGGGUUAUGGCAGCAAGCAGCAGCACUAAUUUUGCUCAUUUGCUUUGCUAUCUGCUUUGUCUCAAGGUCUAAUUUACAAAGCAUACUGUGCAUCUUCAAGCACUGGCAUUCCUUGUCAGUUUCUGCUGUUCUUUCUUGUUUUGUGUCUGAAUGUAGAGAUGACCCAUCAGCACCUCCCUUCUCUGCUGCACAGAUCAUCAUUCUCAUCCCCACCAGGGCUGGAUUCAGUGGUAGCCAGGGCCAACAAAACUACUCCCUGAAAUCUGACUGACCACCCUGAAAGGCCAUUUGCCUUAUCAGCCAUUUGUGAGAAACUAUGAUGUGGGCUUUUUUGUUUGUUUUCCUAAAGCAUAUUCACAGGGUUAGUGCAUGUUCUCCCUGUGGGUUCCCCUUGGUACUCCAGCUUCCUCUAACAGACCAAAAACAUACUUGCUUGGUUAAUUAUGUUAACCACAUGUUUUCACAUGUUUACAGCACAUAUCUAGUGUGUUGAGACACAAAGUUUGGAUUUCACUUUACAGGGACUUUAAUUUAUACUAGAUUGGCUUUACUAACUAAAUACAAUAGAGGUGAGGUGUAACGAAGUGACCCAGUCACCCCUAUAUUUUUCUUUGUCUCUGUAAAAAGAAAAUUGGACAUCCCUGCUUUUUAUCAGUGCUACAUGUAUUUAGCCUUGUUCACAUCACCAACUAAUGACUGGAAAAGAACAUACUGGCUUGAAUAUCUCAUCGAUUACAAACUAGAUGUAAAUUGCAUUUAUUAUUUUACAGAAAUUACAUUUUGUCAGGGUGGUGGUAGGAAAAAGUCUAGGCAUAUUCACAGUAUCAACAAAUGGAUUUAAAUGGUAGGCAGUUAAGAGCUGCUCCAGUGCAUUCACAGAAGUUACACCAGUUGCAUACAAAUGACAAGAUUUCCUGAAUAUUUGCACCUGCCUUCACACAUUGCUCCACCUUGACCUCACAUCAAAAUUUUCUGUGAGGGCUGGCAGGAAAAAGUCUGUAAAGUUGAAAACCCUAAAAAUUUCAGGAAUUUUUCAGGAUUUUUGUGCAUGUUUGAAAAAAAAAACAUUAUGUAUUACCACAGGAAUGGCUUCAUGUCUGUUUAAGGUGUUUUAAUUGAAAAUAAUGCAGCGCUGAUCUUAAGAAUAAUAAUACAGAUAACUUUUCUUCCCUUAAUCAUAGCAGAAUGACAAAUAAGCCUAUCAUAAAUGUUGGAAUCUGUCUGUGUGUACUACUUUGCCAGCUUGAAGGUGUUACCAAAGUUUGCAACGUGAAGAAGAGAACAUGAUCACUGAAAUGCAGAAGAAGCAGGCGAAAAUAAUCCUCACCUGGGUUUAAUAGAAAAGAGCAAAGUUGUCUCAAAAAUGUUUGUCUUUUGUAGCUCAUUUUGGAGUCUAAUUUUUGUAAACAAACUCUAAAAAAUGUUCAGUUGAGAUUUCUGCCCAGGUGUGGAGAGUUUUGUCCACUUCUACGCUUUUUUUUCUUGUUACAUGAAGAAAAUUUUUCUUUUCUAGAGAUGUGAAUGUAAAUAUGUUUUUCGGCCUAUAGAGGGCUGACUGUACAGUAUACAACACACUAUCUGUGAGUGUUUUGA